CAGCCAGAGCGAGAAAAAAAAAAAAAAAAAAAAAAGAGAAUCAAGGAAAUUUUUUCUUUUUUUCUUGGAAAGCCUGAGUUUUGGGGACUUCAGCUGGGCGCUAAUGGACUUUGGGCGCACUUGGAAUUUAUAGGUGGAUUCAAAAUAAUUAGAGCGCAUGGUGAGUUGACUUCACUGAUGCAUGACGGGGUUGUAUCUUCAUCUUUCUUCUCUUCUCUUCUCUUCUCUUUCCUGACCUUGGAACCGUUGAUGGACCUCGAGGUCGAUUGGUUUUGCCUGUCCUUCGUGUACUUGGUUUAUUCUCUUCUCUUCUCUUCUUUUCACAUACUUCUUUCUCCCUUCUCUUCUCUGCUUUGUUCACCUUGUCUUCUGCUUCCUUAUUUCGAUGUAAUAUGCUUGGCUAUCCCUGUCUGCUUCUGUCAUUUCUGUGCUGGCCACAUGUAUAAUUUAGCUUAUUCCCCCAUCGCUGCCUCAUACCCUCUGUGCAUCGUGUCUUCUCUCUCUCUAUAUUUGUCCCCUGUGCAUAAUACUGCGUUUUUGCUGUUGCGUUGAGCACGUACGGUCGUCCUACAGCAUAGCUAGUGAUAAUCUGAUUAGUGAAGAAUUGUCU